UGGCCUCCAGAAUACGUGAACCACCAAAUAAUCACAAAAGAGUUCGACAUAUUUAGUUUGGGAGUUAUAAUGACCAAGGUGAUGGUCGGAUCUGAACGUUACAAAAGCAUUGCUGACAUGCCUCCCGGCAUGUUUGUUGAGCAGGUGCAUGAUAAUUGGAAGGAAAGGCUACAAGGAAUAUUGAGGGCGGGAACAGUCGAAGUACACUGCCAACAGGUGAAGACAUGUAUUGAGAUAGCAAUGGAAUGCCUGCGGCCGAAUCGCCAAGAAAGGCCAGUUAUAAAAGAUAUUGUUUCUAGGUUGAACAAGACGGAAAUGAGUAUUGGUCACCUAGGGGUGCAGCUACAAGAGGAUUUUUUGCCGAGAAUGAAUGUCGUGGAGAACAAGUUACACCAUACAAGUCUCGAGCCGUGGAAUCUAUCAUCCAAAAUGUUGACGGAUAUUACAAAUAAUUUUGAUGAGGACCGCAUAUUGGGCAGUGGUGUGUUUGGGAAAUUUUACAGGGGGGUGCUUGAAGACGGACAAGUGAUUGCCGUGAAGCUGCUCCAUCAAACGCCAGGGAUUGACGACUCGCAGUUUGAAAACGAAUUUAACAACCUUAAGAAGCUGAAGCAUCAAAAUGUUGUGCAAUUAUUGGGUUUUUGCAACGAAGAAGAGGAAGAACUCGUAGAGUUUCAAGGGAGACUAGUGCGUGCUUAUAAAAGACACGCAGCAGUGUGCCUUGAGUUUAUGGCAAACAAAAGCCUUCGCGAGUUUCUUGACGUGGGCAUCAGAGCAAUCACGAUUGGUAUCGAUGGGGUGAAUGUUGUGAUUGCAUUGGGAAGCAACAACCAAGAUCAUGGCUGCAACCAAAGAAAUCAUGUUUGGCUAAGCUCCGAUGCUGAUGAAGAGUAACUAUUCGAUUUGGGAGAUCAAGAUGAAGGCGCUGAUGUGCGGGGCAAAAAUCUUGAACAUGGUGAUGCCGGAGGAUGUCAAUGAAGUCGAUGAGACGAUGGAUCAGAAAGCAUUGACGAUCAUCUAUCAAGGUAUAGCAGAAGAUUUGAUUCCGUUGAUCCUUGAAAAGAGAGGAUGUCUACGGAAGCUUGGGAGAAAAUCAAGACCAAUCCUCCCGGAUAUGACCGCAUCAAGUAUGUGAGGGUGAAAACUGUCAAGACAGAGCUCGAUAUGCUGCAAAUGAAGGCCACUGAAUUGGUUUAGGACUUCGUUCUAAGGAUGAACACCAUCACCAAUAAGAUACGCUUGUUCGGAGAAAAUUCUAAGGAAUCAAACGUUGUUAGAAAAUUUCAGUGAGACGCCCCAUCGAAGUUCAUGAGAUUGCAUCCACCAUCAUAGAGCAAUUUGGAGAUCUCAAGGCGAUGACCAUGGAGGAGGUUAAUGGAAGGCUAAAGGCUCAAGAGGAACAUCUACGAGGCUCAAUUGUUGAGAAAGUUGACGAGCAACUAAUUUUAACCAGAUCGCAAUGGUUGGAAAAUGAGAACGGACGCCCCCGCAAUAGAUCGAUUGGUAGAUGCUAUAAUUUUCAAUAUGUGGGCACUAUGCGCGUAAGUGUCCUAACCACGGAAGGAUAAGGCGGUGGAGAAUCAUAACAUGGUGUGCGCUGAGGAUGAACCAGCAUUAUUCUCACGGUGAAGGUGUGAUCUGGUCAAGAGUCAUGUAUUUUCUCUUUAUGGCGUUGAGUAGGCAUGGCAGAACAUGUGAAAUGUGAUCAGUGUGUACAUGUGUUAGUUGAGUUAUCAUGCUUGCACAAGUCGAUUGGGGAGCUUAGCGUGUAGUGGUACAAUGACAAGCUAAAUUAAUAACGAUGUGAAGACUGAUGGUGGCAUGGUGCGCCCAGUCUAGCACA